CCUCUCUCACUGCCUCAUUUUUCGAGUUCCUCGCCUGUGACGCUGGUCACGCGGACCCAUACCUUGACUCCAUCCCACCAGCAAUAAUGCACCUAAGCUCUUUUGCGACCCUCAACCAACAGAUUCACCAACCAGACCUUCAUCUUCACCAUGCCGAUGAUGCUCACUCCCGACCUGUCGCCCGACACGCCCGACAAAAAACUGUCUUUUGCUCACUCCCUUUCCCGUCACCCAAUCCGGAUAGCUAGCAUAUGUGGCCAUAGCAUCCACCCCUCGAGUUCCGAACAUGUACCCUGGUGUCCCCAAUGCAUCCUGUCUCGCGCCCGGGCAAAGACUGAGGCAGCACUGAAGGACCUGGCAGCACUCGGAGGCCUGAAGCCCGCAAAGCACAUGCGCAGCCAGCAGUGGAACAGCGCAAGAAAGGGGUUCGGCAUGGCCAAGCAGCAGCUUGAGAAAGUCCGGCGGGACGACCAGUUGCGCUGGGAAAAACAGCGAGAGUGGGACGACGCACACCAGCAAUCCGACUCGCGACCAGCCCCGGCAGCAGCAGUCCUACCCCAGAGUCCCUCGCUGUGCGCAGUCUGUGACUCAAUGUCAGCAUCGUACCCCACAAGCGUGCCCGAGGCGCAGCCUGCAACCUACGUGGCUUGGUGGGAGCAGGCAGGCGCCUCACGCCCCCUCGAGUCCAGCAGCACGCCCCGGCACCACCGCCACCGCCCGUGCAGACGUGCGAAGCCGAGAGAAGGCAGCACAGAGCUGCUUCGAAUCGUCACCCUCGUCCGGCAGGAGACGAGAGAGCGAAACGCCCUCCGCGAAGCCUGGCACGCCCGCAACAAGACCGAAGCAGCGGUGCGCCGCAAGCACGGCCUGGGCCCAGACUUUGAAAUCGCGGCUUCUUUCUGGGACUGGCCCAUCCCGGGCUUCUUUAGCUGGCGCAACCACCGCAGUAUCAAAGAGCAGGGUCGCAUGGCAGAGCGGCGCGCACGCGGAAAUACGACACGGCCGAGGCCGCCGCGCAGCUCGCUGUCGUACUCGGAGACGCCAGAGCAAGUGCAAGUCGCGCCCGACUUUAUCGAGACGCUGGCGCAGCGCGAAGAGCGCGAAGAACUGGAGCGCCAGACGAGCAAAGUCGCGCGUGAGGUUGGCUAUUUGUACUUUGUCGGUGGCGGCAUCAACGGCCUGGAAUCAUGGCGCGACGACUUUGAGCGCAGCGACAAGGACUUGAUCGUGAGGAUACAAGCUCCCUGUAUUCCUUCUCUUUCUUCCGAUACAUGGACCACCGAGGUUACGCAGCAUGGAGAUGACGACGAAGAGCCAGAUUGGAUGGACAUUGAUGACUGAGACGGAGAGAGAGAAAAAGAGCCUGCGAAACAUGAACGACUGUUGACGUUGAUCAAUCCAUUCAUCCCUUCAUCCCGUCAAUAACACAGGGUGUUAAAAUAACCCUUCUGACGGUCUGCCCACACGGAAAGUUAUGUAGAAUUCAUUGAAGAGAGAAAGAGGCAAAGAGACACAAAGAAAAUUAAAGG